GUCGCCGUAGCAACGGAUAGGGAAUGGAUCAUUGAGUAGCAGCAAAAUUCCUCUAAACUGGAUUGAAUUACUCAUAAAGCAAAUACGCCUUUAAUUUUUCAGGUUACGAACUGAAAACCUGAUGGCGGCAGUCAACCCGUCGGUGUUUCUUCUCACGGUGAACGGACAAAUUGAGGGAGCAAACUUUCCAGAGUAUGACAACUUGUAUUGCAAGUAUUGUUUUGUCUACGGCCACGACUGGGCUCCCACCGCGGGUUUGGAGGAAGGCAUCACUCAGAUAACAUGUAAAGGCAGUCAGUCCUCACACAAAUUAAUAUGGAACUUCCCACUGGAGACAACGUUUAAGAGCACAAAUCCCUCUGGAUGGCCUCAGCUUGUGGUGAGUGUGUACGGUCCAGAUGUGUUUGGCAAUGAUGUGGUCAGGGGCUAUGGAGCAACACACAUCCCCUUCACACCUGGACAACAUACACGAACCAUCCCCAUGUUUGUUCCCGAGCCCACGUGGAGACUUCAGAAAUUCACGAGCUGGCUGUUGGGACGGCGGCCAGAGUACACAGACCCUAAAGUAGUGGCCCAGGGUGAAGGCAGAGAAGUGACGCGGGUUCGUUCCCAAGGCUUCGUCACUGUUUCCUUUCACAUUAUGACUAAAGACAUGAAGAAACUAGGCUACGACACAGGACCAUCAGGCCCGGCAAACACACCGUCUUCCACAUCUGGCUGGUCGACGGAGGAACAACCAUAAAACAUGUAACAAAAUAAGCCAAAAUGAAAGCACAAUACUAAUGUUACAUAUAAAAGGACUUGUUUACUUCCAGUUAGUGUGAAAUUCCCAAAACUGUUAUGCCACUAUCACUUUAAGUGGCAUGAAUGCAGGGGGUCACUCUGAUCUGUCAGAACACAAACACUCGUGUAUCUCGUGUUUUUUUUAGUAAAAAUCUUAUAUUGUCUUGAAUUUUUCAGUUUUACUAUAUUUUUUACUUUUGUAAAUAAACAGACUUUACCUCUGAA